AUGGGAGUAGCACAAGUUGACCAAAUGUGGGUCCAUCUCAUGAUCAUCCUCUUCUCCUUCUCCAUCUCCAUUUCUUCUAUUUCUGGAGCUGAACAAAAUUGUGUGUACUCAGCUUACGUUCGUACCGGGCAAUUCGCAGGGGCUGGAACUGACUCAAAAAUUACGUUGAGUCUUUAUGAUGCGAGUGGGUCUGGAAUCAGAAUCAAGAAUCUACAGGCAUGGGGUGUGCUAAUGGGCCAAGGUUAUGACUACUUUGAAAGAGAUAGCUUGGAUAUGUUUAGUGGUCGUGGUCCGUGUUUGAAUGGACCGAUCUGCAAAAUGAACUUGACUUCUGAUGGAACAGGCUCAAGUCAUGGAUGGUAUUGUAGCUACGUCGGAGUAACCUCCACAGCAGAACACAAAAGAUGCAGCCAACAGCAGUUCAAAGUGGAGCAGUGGCUUAGUGCUGAUGCUUUUCCAGAUGGGCUGACGGUCACCAGGAACAACUGUAGGCGUAUUAUGUCCGAUGAGCAACAGCCAAUUUACGAAUCUGAAUCUAGUACUGUUGUUGAUGUAAUUUAAUUUUGAAUUUAUUGGGGUUUAAUUAAAAUUAACUACUCUCUGAUCUUUGAAUUUAGUUCGAAUGACGUUGUAUAAUCUGUCAUGCAACGUCCGAUGAAAAUAAAGAAUUCGUCCACUGAUUUUCUUUGUUGAGAAUAUAAUUAAAUAA